AUGGCGGGGCGGCUGCUGCGCAGCUGCGGGCGGGCGGCGGGUUGGGCGCCGGUGCCCCGCGUCCUCUGGGCCGCGCCCGGGCCGUGCCGCGGCUGCGGGGAAGCGUCGGGGCUGCGGGCCAUGGGCUUCACCGAGGAGCAGGCCCGGCGGCUUCUGGGGCUGCAGGCACGGAUCGACCCUCAGCGGCGGGAGGCGGCGGCGGCGCAGCUGCUGCUGCUGGGGCUGGAGGCCGAGGCCGCCCUGGGGCUGCUGGAGCGGAGCCCCGCGCUGCUGAGGAUGCCGGCGGAGCGGCUGCAGGAUCGCGCCGAGGAGCUGCGGCGGCUGGGGCUCGACGGAGCUCCGCUCCAGCGGGCCCUGAGCCGCUGCCCGCAGCUCUUCACCUUGCCCCGGAAGAGGAUGGCAGCGGCGGUGCGGCUGCUGCGGGAGCAGUGCCUCUUCACGGCGGAGCAGCUGACGGAGGUGCUGAGGACCAGCCCCGCCGUGCUGCUGGAGGAGCCGAGCCACCUCCACCACCACUUCCAGUACGCGUACUUCAGGAUGGGGAUCCGGCAGAAGGAGAUGGUGAAGGCCCGUCUGUUCCGAGUGCCGUUUGCCGAGCUCAGGAACCGGCACAUCUUCCUGGAGCGCCGAGGGCUCUUCCAGACACCGCUCAAAGGUCAGAUCCAAACCGGUAACCCGAAACUAAAGGACAUCCUGCAGCUCUCAGAAAAAGACUUCGUGGUCAGCCUGGCCCGCUCCACCUUGGAGGAGUACGAGGUCUUUAAGAAGCUGCUGGCUCGAGAGGAGUUGGAAGACGAAGAGGAAGAGGAGGAGGAGGAAGAAGAAGAAGAAGAAGAAGACAGGGAUGCACUAUACGCAGUGGAAGGUGAAGACUUAGACACUGAAGGAAGUAAAACAGUGAGGAGGUGAGGCUCCAGGGUACCCAAGCUCUCCCAUUCUGGCCCCACUACACUUACAGGUGCUCUGGGCCUUGACCCCACACAGGCACAAGCUCGGGGCCCCAGAGAGGGGCAGCAAAUAGAUCCCAGAAAUAUCAGAAUACAAUAAUCCUCCUUCCUCCUCCUUGACCAACUACUUUAAAAAAUAACCAGUUUCCAUAAAGUGUUUU